GCCGCCGUGCGCGAUAGACGGCAGGGAACGGAGUCUGGACGCCGGACCGCUGGAUCGUGAGGGAGAAGCGUCUCUUUACCAACAGCGCUUGCCAGGGGGUGGCGGAGAGUACGGGAAGGGGGGGGAUACGGCAAGAAGGGACAAGCGAGAAUGAACGAUACUAAAAAACAGGAAGACGUGGCUGCGGACGGGAUUCCGGAGCACCGCAAUUCAGCCGCGAUGAAUCACAGCUACGAUCGAGAGGCCAGCGACGAGCUCGUCAGCUCCGUGUCGCUGUAUCGGCGCAGGCCGCGGCUGCUGCAUGGCACUGUGCUGCCGUUCGUCGCCUUCUUGUACCCGGGCUGGCUUUACGCGUGGCUCGUCGUGUACGGAGCGGCCGAGUACCCGGAGGCCGGCCUUCUGGCGCUCGCCGCCAUCGGGAUCGCGCACGUCCUGACCGCGCUCUCGGGUUACUGGUCCGUACACGCGCACUGCUGGCUCACCUGCGCCAAGGAGCCAGAUCCAAACAAGGCCACCCUUGCGAAGGUCAUUCCGACCCCCAACAAUGGCUCUGCUGAGCUGGUGCCCCUCCAGAGAGAUGAGGAGGAGGAUGGCAGAAGGAUCCUCUCCUUCGAGUUCCAGAAGAUCCGCUAUGUGUUCGACAGCAGGGAGAGCCGCCGUUUCCAGCCCGUGGCGUUUCCGGUGAGACACCCCAUGGGCUAUUUCCAGUCCUGGCGGGGCUACCAGGAGGAGGCGGAGCUACGGGCGGCGGAGAAGCGCUACGGCACCAACCGCGCGGAGAUGGUGGUGCCUGACUUUCUGGAGCUGUUCAGAGAGAGGGCCACUGCGCCCUUCUUUGUUUUCCAGGUGUUCUGCGUGGGGCUCUGGUGCCUUGACGAGUACUGGUACUACAGUGUUUUCACUCUCUUCAUGCUGGUGGCCUUCGAAGCCUCUCUGGUGCAACAACAGAUGAGGAACAUGUCUGAGAUUCGCAGGAUGGGCAAUAAGCCCUACAUGAUCCAGGUAUACAGGAACAGGAAGUGGAGGCCAGUGUCCAGUGAUGAACUGGUCCCAGGGGACAUCGUUUCUGUUGGACGCUCACCCCAGGAAAACUUGGUUCCGUGCGAUGUGCUGUUGCUUCGUGGUCGCUGUAUCGUGGAUGAGGCCAUGCUGACCGGAGAGUCCGUCCCGCAGAUGAAGGAGCCUGUGGAGGACCUGGACCCUGAGGAGAUCCUGGAGCUACAGUCUGAUUCUCGUCUUCACGUCAUCUCUGGUGGGACCAAGGUGGUCCAGCACACCCCACCUCAGAAGGCCAGCGCCGGACUCAAACCUGUGGACAACGGCUGUGUGGCGUACGUGUUGAGGACGGGGUUCUACACGUCCCAGGGGAAAUUGCUGAGGACGAUCCUGUUCGGGGUGAAGAGGGUCACGGCCAACAACCUCGAGACCUUCAUCUUCAUCCUCUUCCUCCUGGUCUUCGCCAUUGCGGCGGCAGUCUACGUCUGGGUAGAGGGGACCAGAGACCUGACCAGGAAUCGGUAUAAGCUAUUUCUGGAAUGCACCCUCAUCCUCACCUCUGUGGUCCCCCCCGAGCUGCCCAUCGAGCUCUCGCUGGCUGUCAACACCUCCCUGAUCGCCUUGGCCAAGCUCUACGUGUUCUGCACCGAGCCCUUCCGCAUCCCAUUCGCGGGGAAGGUGGAGGUCUGCUGCUUCGACAAGACGGGCACACUGACCAGCGACAGCCUAGUGGUCAGGGGCGUGGCCGGACUCAGGGAAGGGAAGGAGGUGAUGCCAGUUUCGGAAAUCCCAAUGGAGACUCACAGGGUGGUGGCCACCUGCCACUCUCUGGUCACCCUGGAGGACGGGCAGCUGGUUGGGGACCCGCUGGAAAAGGCCAUGCUGACGGCAGCUGAUUGGACCCUCACUAAAGAUGAGAAGGUGUUCCCUCGGGCCAUAAGGACACCGGGCCUGAAGAUUCACCAGCGUUUCCACUUCGCCAGCGCCCUCAAGAGGAUGUCUGUCCUGGCGUCAUACGAGCGGCUGGGCUCCACCGAGCUCUGCUACAUCUCCACCGUGAAGGGGGCCCCGGAGACGCUGCGGGGAAUGUUCUCCGAGUGCCCAAGCAGCUACGACAAAGUGCACAAAGAGAUGUCCCGUGAGGGGGCGAGGGUACUGGCCCUGGGAUACAAGGAGAUGGGACAUCUGACCCACCAGCAGGUGCGCGAGAUCACGCGUGACGCCCUGGAGAGUGACCUCCGCUUCGCCGGCUUCAUGGUCGUCUCCUGCCCGCUGAAGAACGACAGCAAGACGGUGAUCAGGGAGAUCCAAGAGGCCUCGCAUCACGUGGUGAUGAUCACCGGCGACAACCCGCUGACCGCCUGCCACGUGGCCCGGGAGCUUCACUUCAUCCAGAGGGACCAUACGCUCAUCCUGGGACCAGCACAAACACCAGGCGAGUGGCACUGGGAGUCCAUCGACGGCAGCGUGUGUGUGCCCCUGCAGCCCCCCCUGGUGGCCAGCCUCAUCGCCCAGUACGACCUGUGCGUGACCGGGGAGGGACUGGACCAGCUCACCGCAGAACCCCGGCUGCUGCGGGCUCUGCUGCCCCACAUCCGCGUCUUCGCCAGGGUCAGCCCCAAACAGAAGGAGUUCGUAAUCACCAGUUUUAAAGGCCAGGGCUUCAUCACGCUCAUGUGUGGUGACGGCACCAAUGACGUCGGGGCGCUCAAACAUGCCCAUAUCGGAGUGGCCCUCCUCGCGAAUGCCCCCGAGCGCAUACCGGAGAAGAAGAAGCGUGGCCGGGAGAGGGAGCCCCCUGUUGGUGACUCCAGGCCCUUCCCGCCCAUCUCGGCUUCGGGGGGGAAGCUGAGCUCGCGCGCCGCCCGACACAGGGUGAUGGCCCAGAGGGAGGAGCAGCUCGCCGCCCAGAAGGAGCGGAUCAGCCAGGUCCUGCGGGAGCUGGAGGAGGACCAGAUCCAGGUGGUGAAGCUCGGGGACGCUUCCAUCGCCGCCCCCUUCACCUCUAAGCUGUCAUCCAUACAGUGCAUCUGUCAUGUGAUCAAGCAGGGCCGCUGCACACUGGUGACCACACUGCAGAUGUUCAAGAUCCUAGCCCUCAACGCGCUAGUGCUGGCCUACAGCCAGUCAGUGCUCUACCUAGAGGGCGUCAAGUUCAGCGACUUCCAGGCCACCCUGCAGGGCCUGCUGCUGGCCGGCUGCUUCCUGUUCAUCUCCAGGUCAAAGCCCCUGAAGAGUCUGUCCCGAGAGCGCCCCCUACCCAACAUUUUCAACCUGUACACUGUGCUGACGGUUCUGCUGCAGUUUGCAGUGCACUUCUGCAGCCUGGUGUACCUGUACCGCGGGGCGCAGACCAGGAGUCCUCCCAGACAGGAGCAGUUUGUGGACCUUUACAAGGACUUUGAGCCCAGUCUCAUCAACAGCACCGUUUACAUCAUGUCCAUGGCCAUGCAGAUGGCUACCUUCGCUAUUAACUACAAGGGUCACCCGUUUAUGGAGUCGCUAACGGAGAACCGGCCCCUGCUCUGGAGCAUCGCCGUGUCGGGGCUGGCCAUCGUGGGGCUGCUCUCAGGCUCCUCCCCUGAAUUUAACGAGCAGUUCGCCCUCGUGGAUAUUCCAACAGAGUUCAAGCUGGUGAUCGCCCAGGUACUGGUGGUGGACUUUGUCGCCGCCCUGCUGGUGGACCGAGUACUGCAGUUUAUUCUGGGAAAAGGGACCCUGAGGAUGCCUUCUUGAAUCGUCAUGCCAACCACUGCUCCCCGAGCAAACCUCUGCUCUCAGCGAUGAGACUGUGGGGAGUGAAGAGGGGAAGGAGGGAUAGGGAGAGGACAGUGACUGCAGUACAAACUCAGGAGUGCCGAGAGGACCUGUCAGUCAAAUGCUCAUCCCCUUUUUGGACUCAUUUUCUUUCUCCUUUAGCCUUAGCUCAGUGUCCUUUUCCUCAUUGCCUUCAUCUCCCUGUUUUCUUUUCUUACUUCAGAUUUUUUUUUAACUCUUUUAUCCCUGCUACUCAUCUCCUCCCUUCCUGCCCUCCAUCCUCUCCUUCCUUGCUGUCACUCCUACAGCAAGCCAAGAAGACAGCAGUAUUGUGAGGGGUCGGGCGCUUGUGUGCCGCGUGCGGCGAUGCCAGUGUCCGCCCGCCUGCCCGCCCGCCCGCCUCUGCUGUUGACUCCCCCAUGUGGCUGGGAGGGGGGACGUUCUCCAGGAGAAAGUGUUUGUUAUUGUUCCCCUCAUCAUUUUGUAAAAAAUAAAGACAGAAUUCAGACUUAUAAAAAGACCAAAAAAUGCAAACAUUA